AAGAACCAGACUUGACAUAGAACCUCAGCUUGAGGCUCAACGCUGAACCAUCCCUACACGGAGAGACGUGACCUGGAUGGGAGCACAUCAUCAAUACCCAGGAGACUGUAGACUUCAGGAGCAGUGACAAGUCUGGAGGACCUGUUGGACUGCGGCAGAUCAUCAUGUCUUCAGCUUCUUUUCUCACUGCACUUUUCACGCUGACCAUCAUGGUGGAUUCUUCUGUGGCCGGAUCUCUGGUUCCGCGGUCAGAAGUGCCUCCGGGUGUCCAUCAGGGGGCGGUGUCCUCUGACUGUCCGUCUUGCACUCUGGCCCAAGUGAGGAAGAACAGCUCUUCUUUUGGCGGGCCGAGCGACCUGGUGGAUGCGGUUAAGCGUCACAUUCUCAACAUGCUGCACCUGAGCGCACGACCCAACCUGACCCAGCCGGUUCCUCGGGCGGCUCUUCUGAACGCCAUCAAGAAGCUGCACGUUGGCCGCGUGGCCAGCGACGGCAGCAUUGACAUCCAAGGCGAAGAUGGGGACGCCGAAGCCCCGACGCCAUCCGAGGUCAUCACCUUUGCAGAGCCGGAAGACUACGUGGGGACCUUGAACUUCCAGCUUUCCAAAGAAGGAAGCAGAGCAGUGGUGGUGGAGCAAGCAAACGUUUGGAUCUUCCUUAAGUUGUCCAAGGGAAAUCGGGCCAAAGGCAAAGUGAAGCUUCAGCUUCAUCAGACGGAGCAGGAUACGUCUAUUUCAGAGAAAAUGGUGGACACGCGUCGCAGCGGCUGGCACACUCUUGCCAUCCCGCGUUCUGUUCAGUCCGCAUUAGACCGAGGAGACAGUCGACUUCGCCUACGGCUGUCCUGCCUACUAUGCGCUGAAGUCGGUGCUGUGCCGGUUCUGCCGCCUCCGGUCGGCGACCAAACCACAGAACAAUCCCACCGGCCAUUCCUCAUGAUAGCGUUAAGAGCCAGAGAGGAGGUCGCACAUCGCCGCAUCCCUCGGAGUUUGGAGUGUGACGGCAGAACCAGCGCGUGCUGCAAACAACAGUUUUACGUGAGUUUUAAAGAUAUCGGUUGGAGCGACUGGAUUAUCGCUCCAUCUGGUUACCAUGCCAACUAUUGUGAGGGAAACUGUCCCAACCACAUGGCAAGUAUCGGCGGCUCCUUCCACUCCGCCAUCAUCAACCAGUACCGCAUGAGGGGCUAUGGCCAGUUCCAGAACAUCAAGUCGUGCUGCGUGCCCACGCAACUGCGGGCGAUGUCCAUGCUGUACUAUGACGACGAGCAGAAGAUUGUCAAAAAAGACGUACAGAACAUGAUUGUGGAGCAGUGUGGAUGUUCAUGAAAAAAGAAUCAGCACUUUGCAGCUCGAAUGUACAAUUUGAGCAAAUUCAAAUAUGUUGGCUGGACAUUUUUUUCUUUGACUCCUUUCCACAUUGGAAACAAAGAAGGAAUAAAAAAGUAGGAGACUGACAACCUGAUGACAAUGAUAACGUUAUUAC